UUAACGUCCCAUUCGAAAGAAAGCACCCUACACAGGGCAAUAUCCCCAAUCACUGCCCUGGGGCAUUGGAAUUUUUAUUUUAUUUUUUGACCAGAAGAAAGACUGUCUCCUACUCGCCCUCCAACAUCUCUUCCAGCAACAUCUGGUCACCCAUCCAGGAUCAACGCUGUUUCGCUUGAGAGGCAAGCCAAAAGUCGGAUGCAGGAUGAUUCGACCAUGUCCCACUCCGGAGCCCAGGGCAGCAUUGGGAGCCACCCAGCCAUGGGGCUGCGUGCCCACAAAAUGUACCUGUUUGAGUUUGAGAACUUCCAGGGUCGUAUGAUGGAGUGCAUCACUGAGUGCCGUAACCUGUGUGAGAAGGGCUUCGAGAAGAUCGGCUCCAUCAGGGUGGAGUGUGGACCCUGGGUGGGCUAUGAGCAGCAGAACCUGAGUGGAGAGAUGUUCAUGCUGGAGAAGGGAGAGUACCCCCGCUGGGAUACCUGGAGCAACAGCUAUAGGUGUGACCGCUUCAUGUCCGUCAGGCCUGUUCGCAUGGACACCCAGGACCACAAGAUAUGCCUAUUUGAGUGUAAUAACUUUGAGGGCCGUAAGAUGGAAGUUUGUGAUGAGGAUAUCCCGAGUCUGUGGUCCUAUGGCUUCCAGGACCGUGUGGCCAGCAUCCAGGUCACUGGUGGAACUUGGGUUGGCUAUCAGUACCCCGGUUACCGUGGCUACCAGUACGUGUUCGAGUGCGCCGUCUUCAAGCAUUGGAACGAGUGGGGCGCCCACCAUCCCCAGAUCCAGUCCAUCCGUAGAGUGAGGGAUAUGCAGACACAUCGCAGAGGCUGCUUUGAGUGGACCGUCUAGAUGGGGCCAGGCAGGCGACGGGUUGUGGGCCAGCAGGACAGAGGGGAAGGGGCCAGGCAGGCGACGGGUUGUGGGCCAGCAAGACAGAGAGGAAGGGGUCUGGCUAGCCCUGGAGCUAACCAUUCCAGAGUCUAGAGUUCCAUCUUGGAUCUCCACACAGCCAACAUAAGCUAACAGCUAAUAACAUAACAUCACUGGCUCCACCUCAAUCACUUACUAGUUGUAACAUUCAGGGUGUGUGUACUGUAUUGCACAAUCGCUGAAUGAAGACAUUGCCACCUACUGGGAAAAGGUUGUUACUGCAGUUCACCUGCUGCUGACUUCCACAAUGCCUGAAUAUAAUAAUACUGGUGAAACUGAAAGCUGUACUCUCUGUUCCAAGACCUGAUAGAAUUAUAGCGUGAGAAGAUUUAGGAUGGGGAUUUUAAUGGGGUAAAGGGAAUUAGUUAACAAAGAUUUUAAGAAGUUAUAUAGCUUCAUUAGUUUGUGUUCACUAGUUUGUUUCCAUAUCUGCAAACCCAUUGAUUUUAUACAUCUUACUUACUUGUUUCUUAGCUAUAUACCAAAUGAUGCCGAAUAAGCCUGUUCAUUACAAUGCUCUACCCUCCUGCAAUCUGUGAAUGAUUUUAGAGAGUAGAGAUACUAGACACUCCACUCAAGCCAGUCCCUAAACUACCAUGGACAGCUGCCAGCUCUGUGCUGUGUCCGUGCCCUACAGUGAGCUCAAUCAUCCACAGGGAAACACUGUUUACCAAUGUACUCUCCCCAUGGCCACCAUCUAGUCUAGGGAUUCCACCUCAACCAUAAUUUCCCUAAUGACAUUCUACCUUCAAGGCUUCAAAGCUAUGCCCAUGACCCACUCGGUUGAGGGCAGUGAAGCUUUCCAAUGACCCACUCUAUCUAGGGCAGUGACGCUAUGCUCACGACCCACUCAGUCUAGGGUAACAGACUCAGUUUAAGGCAGUGAGGCUGUCUGAAGGAGGAAGUGAGCUAGGGGGUAUGAUUGGGAGACAGGCUGCUGUAGACUACCUGGUAGUGUUUUUCUAGACAUGCCAACCUUUUGGGAGACCCCUCCCCCUCUUAAUGAUGGGGUUGCAGAGGAAUGUUGUUAUAUACACUAUAUAUUUCUCAGGGAUGCUGGCAUCUGGAAAUAAACUUUCCAAUAAAAAAAACGAAGUGAAAUUGAUAAA